AUGGUUUGCUCUUUAUCCAAGAAAUAUCGUUUGAAAAUAUUUUUAGUUGGAAUCAAAUUGCACAGUCAAAAUCUCCUACCGUCACGAAAUACAACCCCAAAACCCAAACCUAUUUAAACCUCCAACCAUAAUCCCAUUUAUCACUCUCACUCUCUCAAUAGUAAACUAGGGUUUUGCAUAUCAAUUCCCAAAUCAUUGGAUUGACGCCGCCUACCACUACCGUCUCUUCAAGAAACGACGUGAAGUUCUUCUUCAACCUCAACACUCUUCCUCCAUUCUCGAGAAAAAGUUGAGAAGAGAGUCUUCCACAAUGGUUGCUGAUAUCUGGUCCGAUGAUAACAGCCAACAACUCGAAGCAACUACGGAAUUUCGGAAGCGUCUUUCCGUUGACAAACCUCCGAUUGAUGAUGUUAUUCAAUCUGGUGUUGUUCCCCGUUUUGUUCAAUUUCUAGACAAGGGGGAUUUUCCUCAACUUCAGCUUGAGGCUGCUUGGGCACUCACAAACAUAGCAGCUGGAACUUCUGAGAACACUAAGGUGGUAGUUGAUCAUGGCGCAGUACCAAUGUUUGUCAAGCUUCUUAGUUCACCAUGUGACGAUGUUCGGGGCCAGGCUGCGUGGGCAUUGGGAAACAUUGCUGGUGAUUCCCCUAGAGGCCGUGAUCUUGUUCUCAGUCACGGUGCCCUGAUCCUACUUUUAUCCCAGCUGAAUGAGCAAGAAGGGCUUUAUAGGCUGAGAAAUGCCGUUUGGACGCUGUCAAACUUUUGCAGGGGCAAGCCACAACCCGCACUUGAGCAGGUGAGGUCAGCGCUUCCCGCUCUCAAGUGUUUGGUUUUUUCCAAAGAUGAAGUCGUCCUGACCGAGGCAUGUUGGGCACUCUCGUAUCUUUCUGAUGGAACAAGUGAUAAUAUCCAAGCGGUGAUCGAGGCAGGUGUAUGUGGUAGACUGGUGCAAAUCCUUCUGGAACCAUCUCUUUCAGCGCUGUUUCCUGCACUUCGCACAGUGGGAAAUAUUGUAUCUGGAGAUGAUAUGCAGACUCAGGCUAUUGUCAAUCAUGGUUUACUCCCAUGUCUUUUGAGCCUGUUGACCCAUCCCAAGAAAAGUAUUAAGAAAGAAGCUUGCAGGACUUUGUCAAACAUUACAGCUGGAAACAGAGAGCAGAUACAGGCUGUUAUUGAAGCUGGUCUGAUUGCUCCCCUAGUCAAUCUUCUUCAAAAUGCAGAGUUUGACAUUACAAAGGAAGUUGCACAGGCACUCACUAAUGUUACAUCUGGUGGUACCCACGAGCAUAUCAAGUACUUGGUGAGCCAGGGUUGCAUUAAGCCUCUGUGUGAUUUGCUAGUUUGCCCUGAUCCAAGAAUAGUUACUGUUUGUCUAGAAGGUCUUGAGAAUUUUCUAAAGGUUGGAGAAGCAGAGAAAAGCAUAAGUAACACCGGAGAUGUCAACUUGUAUGCUCAGACGAUAAAGGAUGUUGAGGGAUUGGAAAAAGGUUUGGAGAAAUUUCUGAAGGUUGGAGAAGCAGAGAAAAGAUUUGGUAACACGGGAGAUGUCAAUUUGUAUGCUCAGAUGAUAGAGGAUGUUAAGGGAUUGGAAAAGAUUGAAAACUUGGAUAGUCAUGAAGACAGAGAAAUUUAUGAGAAGGCUGCUAAAAUUCUCGAGAGAUAUUGGUUGGAAGAUGAAGAUGAGACACUAACUUCAUGGUGUCUUGUCUAGUGAUAUUUCGUUGGGGGAGAAAGUAUGUUGCAGCAGCAAGGACCCAUGACGAUUUAUUGUAUAGAGGAAUAAGUAUAUACUAGGAGGAGUAAUUCCAUGUGAAUUUGGUUUUGUUCAUUUUACUUGUUGAUGAUAAAAUGCCUCUCCUUAAACUCCAAAAAUCAUGAGGAAAAACACAAACUCAACCGGUAGCGCUGAAUCCAAUAACACUCCUCAAACUCCUUCCUCUUCUUA